AUGGAAAGCCCAGGAGGUAUUCCCCUUUCGUUGACGGUGCUCAAGUUCUCUUACGUUACAACGACUACGGGCCGAACCUCUCCUCUCGGCUGGACUCAUAUAUCUGGCGGUGUCGACUUAAGGGCGGUUUUUGGUCGUACCCAAGUUCGAGAGAAUGGCUCGUCAUGGACAACGGGGAGCCCUACCCUGAAGGUGCUGCGAGGACUGGAUGUCCUGGAAGAUCUGGAUCUCGAUGCCCUCGCGAGAGAAGCAGUGGCCAGCUCAUCGAGCCAGAUACAGAUUUCGAGUUCAAAGGCCCCCAUCGCCGUGCUCGUCAAGUCUCCUUGCCUUGCUAUCCGGUAUCCUACGCGUGUCAAUCAGAUCCGCAGAUUUCAGCUGAAAUUCGCUUCUGAUGCCGAUUACCGCAAGGCUGUCUCGAUUUUGAGCGAAGUCGGAUGUCCUAUAACCGAAUCGACCGCUGGUAGCUUUCCACCAUCGACUGCAUUGCUCACAAGACCAAACACAGCAAGUUGGCCUCAUAGCACAGCGUCUCCUGUGUUGGGAAUGCGUUCAUCCCAGGCCGGAAGCCACAGUAUACGAGCAGUUCCAGCUACAGUGCCAGAGACGCGUCCAUCUACCAUCGGAUCUUCUUCGGCCCUAGGUACAACUCAACCGUCGAGGAACACACAAGUUAUGAAUAAAAACGCACGUUUGGAAUAUGAAAACUCCUCUGAACGGCCGUCGACGGCCCCAAUCUUCCUUGAUGCAGGGUCGUUAAUCGAGCAGCUUCCUCCAAAGAGAGAACUACCGUUUGCAAAGCCUCAGCGUAGACAGCAACGCUACAUUCCGCCCAAACAGACAAUGGGCACUACUGCUAACUCUAUAGAUCUAAGCUUGAAUCCUCAAACCCACGGCGGCGAACCGCCUCCUCCAGAGUCGAGUAUCCAGGCUUCAAUGACGCGUCUCGAUUCGGAAGGAAUACAGUCCCCUGUCGCUAGGAGUGCAAUGGAUAGUAUAGCCAAAGGUGACGUUUUUUCAACGGAUAUGGGCACAUCGACCUCAUUCACGCCGUCAAGUAUAUCCACUCUGGGGGCCGCACUGGAAAUCGCGUCUGACGCGGCACCGGUCAAAGCCGCGCAGUCUAUCCUUGCAGAAAGCCGUACAAGCACUGAGCUUGGUACGUCGAAUGCUUUCUUUCCCGGUCUAUACGCCUCUUCUUCCCGACGAUUAGCUGACAAAGAUGGAAAUACAAUAGAUGCUCGCCCUAGCCCUGCUCGUAGCGCUGUGCAGCUUCUACCCCAAACUAGCAAUUUAAGCUACAGUGCGUCAUCAAACCCGCCCCAAAUCCCAAGCCAACAAAGCCACAUCGACAGUCAACCAAACAUAUCCACUGUUCCUGUAACCAGCAACUUACUCACUACAACAGACCUAUCAUCUUACCUUUCAACGCCGACAACAGAGCGGUCUGCACUUGUAGAGUCUUGGGUAUGUCAGCAGCUGGAGAGUGACGGAUUUCUGGCUCUGUGUCAGGACGUGGAAUGUGUAUGGAAGCGGAUCGCGUUUGGCCUCUAA